AUGCCUGCGGACGAGGGUUUAGGGGGGAGGGACGAGGAACGGCGACACAGGCGGACGCGCUCUCGGUCCGCGACCCGCACCCGGUCGCGGUCGCCCAGACGGCAUCGGGAUGAGACGAGGCGGAGGUCGCCCAUCGGCGACGGCGGCUCGCGUCGGGAGCGGAGACGGUCUCCGCGCAGAGAGGACCGCGAUCGGGAGCCCAGACAUCACCACCGGCAUCACCACCACCACCACCACCAUCGCCACCGCGGCGACAAAGACAAGGACCGGAGCAGUAGGACCGCCACCGCGGCCGCUGUCGAGGCCCUACCGUACGAGGCGCGGCAGCUGUCCAAGUCGGAGCUCGGGGUCUUCCGGCCGUUGCUGGCGUAUUACCUUGACCUGCAGAAGCAGAAGGACAUCCGCGACAUGGACGAGCGGGAGGUCCGGGGCCGGUGGAAGAGCUUCGUGGGGAAGUGGAACCGCGGGGAGCUGAGCCAGGGGUGGUAUGACCCCGAGAUGUUUGUGGCGGCCAAGGAGAGGGCCGUCGAGGAAGGCAUCGACGGGCCCAGGGAUGAAGGGAGGCACGACGACACCGAGGAGGUGAAAGAGGAGAGGCGCGGAAGGGGAGACGAUGGGCGGGCCGAAGAAGACGAGGAGGGGGAGGAGGACGACGACGAUGACGAUGAUCUUGGACCCAGGCUCCCGCCGACCGCGCGGGAGGGGGGUCAACGCUCCGGCCCCGGGAUCCCGAGCAUGGCAGACCUGUCUCUUCACCGCGAGACGCUGGCCGAGGAGGCGCAGCGCGAGAGGGAGGCGCGGAUCGCCGACCUGCGGAUGCAGCGCAAGGACGACCGGAAGCUGCAACGGGAGAGGUUGGACGACGUCGCGCCGCGGGCCGAGGCCGGGACGCGCGAGCGGCAGCUGGAGAAGAGGGCGCUGGAGCUCAUGGGGGGCGGGGACUCGCUGCAGGAGUUCAAGGCGAUGAAGGCGCGGGAGGAGCGCAAGAAGACGGAGAGGGAGGUGAGGCGGGAGGAGAUUGCGCGGGCGCGGGAGGCGGAGCGGGAGGAGCGGGUCCGGGAGUACCGCGAGAGGGAGGAGGGGGUCAUGAAGGGGCUGCGGGAGCUCGCGAGGCAGCGGUUUGGGUGA